AUGUCAGCAGGACACGGGACGAGGGUGAUACCACACGGUGCGGUGACGGGGGUGACGUAUAUGAAGGCGCAGAAUUGGGUUCAAGUCUCGGGCAUGGGUGACCUCACAAAGAUCAACGUCAAGCCAGGGGACUGGGGCGGUCAAUUUGACUCGGCCGAACAUCACCCGGAUGGGGCGAAGGUGUUUGGCGGGGCGGACAAGAAGGAGGCAUCUAGCUGGGUGACUAUGAUAUCGCCUGAUACGUUCUGCUUCCGGGCUUGCUUUGGCGACAAAGCAUACUGUCCUACCAACUUCGCCGACAAGGGCUGCUACGUCCUCCUGUCAGAAGGUGUCGGAGCAAGCGGGACUUUCCAAUCAUGUACAUCGGAUGACGGUCUCCCCCCGGCUCAACAAGGCGACAAGGCGCCCGAAUGGAAAGACUGCAAGACCGGCUCCAUUCCCAGUAAUGGCGGUCACGAUGGGGACCACUCACCACCCCAGCCUCAAGGUUCGGCUUCCAGCGUUCCUCCGGCUGCAUCGCCGUCCACUAGCUGGGUCGGGUUUCCCACCUGUAUACCGUGUCCUUCGAGCUCGGCUUCGGCGGGCGGGACCAUCCAGCAGGGUAUGACGCAGCUCGGUAGCGGGGCUCUCGCAGCUGUCGAGGUUGACAAGCCCUCGUCCAUCUCCGCUCCGCCCUCCUCAUCAUCGAGCGGCUCAAGUGGUGGUGGAGGUGGCGGAGGUGGCGGAGGUGGCGGAGCCGGCUUGAUACUGAAGAGGGACGAAACGACGACCACCAGUAAUGGUCAGUGCUGCUUCACUACCUGGACACCUACCGUAAUUGGCGGUCCAGGUGGCGCUGGUCCUACUGCGUCGUCGUCCUCGGCCGUCGCGCCGUCUGGAGCGCCCUCCAACGGCGCAUUGACGGGUGUCCAGCCAGUGAACGUCUCGGGUACCAACCUCAUCACCAACCCUAGCGCGUCCGGCUCGGUCAGCGGCGUCUCGGGCGCAUCGGCCGCUCCGAAGCCCUCAGGAAGUGGUGCGGGAGGCGGGAAUAUGACGGUGCCCGGCGGAGUGAAGAAUGGGACGAAUGGGACUGGGAAUGGGAGCGAGAGUUAUGGAAGUAAGGUGAUUUGGGGUGUAGAGGCGGGACCCGGCAUGGGUGGCGGAAUGGCGGUGGUAGUGACAUUAGCAGUAAUGCUUGGCGGGUGGGCGUUACUGUGA